AUCGUGUUCAAUGUGACUGUAUUCGUUCUUACUAUCAUCAGAUCGUUUCAGCACCGGAGGGAGUCACUCGUGCACUUUCACACACUUUCGAAGCAGUCGGGUACAUUGGGCUUGGCAGAGAUCAUUGUUUGCGAUGCUGUCCGUUGCAAUAGCGUGAUGGGGCUCGCAGAGCUGGCAAAUGUCCUCACCCUUUAUGUACUUUUCACCGGUACGCUCACCAGCAGCAAUGCGAGGGGUUUCUUGCGCGGCACCCUAUCUACGUUCGCCAGCUGUAUCUCCAUUACUAUGAUGUCACGACUCAUCCUUAAUCUGCACGACACCUCGUCGCUGCUGCCGUCUACCACCCAAGUGGCAAGACCGAUUGUUUUUGCGUCCAUGAGAGACACUACAAUGCGUCCAAAGGAUGCAGACGAUGAUGUGGUUCACGAUGUCGGAUCGCACUGGCCUGAGCACUCGUCACAGGAGGAUGUGAAUGUCCGCGAAUGA